AUGACGAGGAGUGGUAAAGCCACGGGACCUGACAAAUCGAACUCACCACCGAUCACUUAUACGGUCCAAACUGACGCUUCAGACGAGGUGCACGCUAGGCGAGUCCCAGCAAGUACAGCACAGUUUCAGGAGCCAGUUAAAGAUUUCAUUCCUCCUGUCCCAUAUCCGAGCAGAUUGAAGAAGCAAAAGAACGAUGAACAACAUGGUAAGUUUUUAGAAAUGUUUAAACAAUUACACAUAAACAUACCAUUUGUUGACGCGUUGGCUCAAAUGCCUAAAUACGCAAGGUUCUUAAAAGACAUCCUCACAAACAAACAGAAGCUCGAAAGCUUGUCUUGUGUGUUGAUGAAUGAAAACUGUUCAGCCCUUCUCCAAAACCGUCUACCUGAAAAGAUGGGAGAUCCGGGCAGUUUUACUCUUCCCUGUCUCAUUGGCAGCAUGUCUGUCAGUCACGCAUUAGCCGAUUUAGGAGCUAGCAUAAACCUUAUGCCGUAUAAGGUCUUUGCUAAAUUAGAUCUGGGUGAACCUUCACCCACUAGAAUGAGCAUUCGACUUGCAGAUCGUUCAAUCAAAUAUCCCCGUGGGUUCGUUGAAAACAUGCUUGUUAAAAUCGAUAAAUUUGUUUUUCCCGUGGAUUUUGUUAUUUUAGAUAUAAACGAAGAUUCAAAAGUGCCAUUAAUACUUGGACAUCCGUUCCUCAAUACUGUAAGGACGAUCGUUGAUGUGGCAGCUGGCCAAAUCACACUCUGA